CUAUGGACAAAAUGUCGCAUUCUGUUUUGGUGUUGUCUUUCAAUAAAGAAAAUCAAUUUCCCUAAUUUUGAAGUAUUUAUCACACAAAUUAACCCCAAAGUUUAUAUAAUAAACACACAGGCAAGUAAUUAAUGCAGCCAUGAAUACGGCAGCACCAACCUCUGCUGAUGCCUGCCUCAGCAUUGUGCACUCCCUAAUGUGUCACAGGCAGGGCGGAGAAAGUGAAGGCUUCUCGAAGAGAGCUAUAGAGUCGCUUGUUAAGAAACUGAAGGAGAAAAGAGAGGAAUUGGACUCUUUAAUCACAGCUAUCACAACAAAUGGAGCACAUCCAAGCAAAUGUGUCACUAUACAGAGGACACUUGAUGGACGGUUACAGGUUGCAGGCCGCAAGGGGUUCCCACACGUGAUAUACGCGCGAAUAUGGCGAUGGCCAGACCUCCACAAGAAUGAGCUCAAGCAUGUUAAAUUCUGUCAGUUUGCCUUUGACCUAAAAUGUGACUCAGUGUGCGUGAACCCUUAUCAUUAUGAGAGGGUGGUUUCACCUGGCAUUGACUUGUCAGGCUUAACCCUACAGUCUGGUCCGAGCCGGCUAGUCAAAGACGAAUACACGGCGGGGCUCAGUGGCAAUGGCAUGGACAUGGACACGGGCGAGCUGGUCACCAUCCAACAUCACGCCACGAGCCCCCGGCACCACCACGGCAGCAUGCCGCACCACCAUGCGCAGUUUCAGCCGGCCAACAUCAUCAUUAAUCAGGGGCCAGCAGCGGAAAGUCUACAAAGCAUGUUUUCGUCGUCGCACGCGCCGCGCGCGCCGCUGCGGCCGCCGGGGGCGCCCCAGCACGCGCCGCCGCCACCCAUGGGCCACUCGCCCGGCGCACAAAUGAUAUCCAACCACCCCACAGGCGCGCAAAUGUCGAACCCCAACGUCAACCAAGGCCCACCUCAAAUGGGUCCCCAAAGAAACUCUGGCACCCCUCACAUGGGCCCUGGAACCCCACACAUGGGGCCUGGCACCCCUCACAUGGGGCCUGGGACUCCACAUAUGGGUCCGGGCACUCCGCAUAUGGGACCGGGGGGUAUGAGCCCAGGGGGCCCGCUGGCAUCGCCCCGCAUGGCCCAGGCGCCCACCCAGAUGUCCCCGGGCACUCCGCAGAUGCCCAGCAUAUCGCAGAGCAUGCCCAUGCCGAGCCCUCAGCAGAUGAUGGGCCAGCAGAGGGCGCUAGUGCCCAAGCUAGAGCCCCCCGACACGAUGGACGCGAGAGCCAUGUGGCUGCCGAAAAGAAUGAAUCACUCGUCGAUUCCCGUGGGUAUGUCACCGGGAGCCACCACGCCGCUCAUAGACAACGCUAACACGACAUUCUUCGCUGCCGAACCCACCGCCGCCGACACGCAAAUGACGCAGACUCUACCCAUAUCAGCGGUGGCGGUGUCGUCAGUGCCUCCGGAGCCGCAACAGAACGGGCUGGGCCCCGCCACGCCGCUGGCCAGCCCCGCGCCCGUCGCCAGCCCGCCCGCCGCCGCGCACAACGAACAUCAACAAGGCACAUGGACGGGCAACAACACACUGACAUACACGCAGAGCCUGGCGCCGCCGCCCGCCGCCGCGCCCGCCGUCGACACGCCCACCCACCAUCAUCACUAUUAUAACGGCAACCCGGGUGGCCUGCUGUCAAGUCAACCAGCGCCCGAGUACUGGUGUUCAGUCGCGUACUUCGAGCUAGACACUCAAGUGGGGGAGACCUUCAAAGUACCUUCGAGCAGACCUAAUGUUACGGUGGACGGCUACGUAGACCCUUCAGGAGGAAACAGAUUCUGUUUGGGCGCCCUCAGCAAUGUGCACAGAACAGAACAGAGUGAAAGAGCGAGACUCCACAUAGGCAAAGGCGUGCAACUAGACCUCCGCGGCGAGGGCGACGUGUGGCUGCGCUGCCUGUCGGACCACUCCGUGUUCGUGCAGUCCUACUACCUGGACCGCGAGGCGGGCCGCGCGCCCGGCGACGCCGUGCACAAGAUAUACCCCUCCGCCUGCAUUAAAGUAUUCGACCUCCGCCAGUGCCACCGGCAGAUGCAGUCGCAGGCGGCGACGGCGCAGGCGGCGGUGGCGGCGCGCGCGGCCGCGGUGGCCGGGCACAUACAGCCGGCGCAUCCGAAUCUAACAGCGGCGGCGGGCAUAGGCGUGGACGACUUGCGACGUCUGUGCAUAGUCCGACUGUCGUUCGUCAAGGGCUGGGGGCCGGACUACCCGCGCUCCAGUAUCAAGGAGACGCCUUGCUGGGUCGAGGUGCAUCUACAUAGGGCACUGCAACUGUUGGACGAGGUGCUGCACACGAUGCCCAUCGACGGCCCUCGGAGCAACAUCGAGUAGGAGUUAUUCGGCUUCUUUUGAGGCCUUCGCGAUCGCAGCGUUCGACAGACACUUAAAUCGUGCUCAGUACGCGCUAGUGCGUGCCCAGUACGUGCUAGUGCGUGCCCAGUACGUGCUAGUGCGUGCCCAGUACGUGAUAAUGCGUGCUCAGUACGCGUAUAUUAAAAUGUGCAAGUUUGUUCAAGGAUUGUGAUGGGUGACUGUGAACUAAAAGGAAAGUGAUAAAUACGGAAUUGAAUUGUGUUUAAAUUGCAAACUAAUCUUUGUUAUUUUUGUUACCUACUGUGUAUUUUUGUAUACUACGGUUGCUAUAAAAGUUUCAAUUAGAUUAGUUUGUUGUUUUACUAAAGAAAGAUAUUGUUUUUUGUUAGUCGGUUUUGCCAUAUAAUAUGUUGAAUGUAGAGCAUUUACUUUGUUUAUUUAGAAAGUGAGACUUGAAAUAAUACUCUGUUUAAUCAUUAGUAUUUUAUAUUUUUUGGCCGUCUUCCAUUAUCAAAAUUAUUUUCUAUUUUUAUUGGCAAUCAAAUUGGCGUUGUUUUUUUUAUGAAGGGCUAUGUUUGUAAAGUAACAAAUUGCACAUUUGUUUUAAAGUGCGUCGUUCGAGUUUUUUUUAAAACAGGUGAACUAUAUUAAAUCUUGUCAUUUUAUAUUGGACUCUAGAGUAUAUGUUUUGUCUCUUAUCUUUCAAGGAGACUUUUAGUUCAUUUAGCGUUAACCCCUAACAGUUAGGUAAAUGAUAGAUAUAAAUAGAUUAUAUUGCAGUAUUGUGAAGGAGACAAACUAAAGAACAUUAUAAAGGAUCUCAGUAAGUAAAUAUAUAUUUCACAAAUCCUAAAGAUUGUAGUUAUAUAUUUAAAUGAAUACAAUAUAUAACGUUAAGAGUGAUAGUGCUAGUAGAUACAUAUUUACAGUUGGUUAACCAAACUUGAAUAGUAAUAUGAGAUAUUGAUUUUUGUAACAGCUAUACCAAAAUAAGCAUUUUAUAGAUAACGACUAUGACAAGAUGUAAUUAUAGUUCAACUUGAAAGAAGCCAAAUGGGAAAUUAGACUUUAAGAUAUAAUUUGUAAGGUAGUUUAUUUUAAGAUAGCCGAUAACUUAUGUUUUAUUUUUAAUGUUUUUCAAAUGUAAAUAUAUAAUUGGUUUGGUUAGUACGUGUUGGAAUGUAAGGCUGUUGUUUCGUUAGCUUUAUGUGCCUGCCUUGGAUUGCAUUGGAGGAUUCAUCAAAAAUAUGUAUGUGAAAAAGUCAUAGUUAGAAAACAAGGAAUAACGCACGCACAAAACACUGUCAGUUAGGCAACACUAUAAAAACACUUUAGACAUCUAACAAAAACAAAAGCGGUGUUUGCACCUGGCAAUCAAAAAUGUAGAAGUCGAUUGUUAUUGUAAAUAGGGUUACCUCCGUGCAAUUCGACUAGGAAUGUUGUUUGAUCUGUGAUGUGCUAAUGAAAUUGUUUGGUAAAGUUUAGGUAAACACGUACUAGCCGUUUAGAAUCAAAAAGAUAAUUUUAAACGAAUAUCUGUCUACGUCAUUAAUUUUCGUAUUUGUGCCUAGAUUUAAGAGUAAAAUGACAUAUUUUGUGUACGAAAUCGUAGGAACGUUAUUUUUUAUAGAUUUUAAGAAACGAUAAGCGUUUUAUAUCAUUUUUGAGAUUUGUUUCGUAUGAAGAAUAUUCUUUACUAUCGUUUAGGUAUUUUGUGUUCAAUACAACUGAUAUUAUACAUUUUGUUAUACACAAAAGGCGUUAUAAAUAAUACAACGUAUUGUAAAUAUUUUCAAUAAAAUGUUGUAUGAUUAUAAAUUCACGUAAUUUAUCAAAAUUGGACUUGAAGUUAUACACCUGCUAUAAUCGCAGCUUCGUAAUGAUUACUUAUUAUGUAAUU